AUGAAUGGAGCUAAUUGCGCAUUAUAUUGUAUGACUGGUCAAACAUUUUUACCACGAGAGUUAUCUAAUAAUUUUAGAAUAGCAGUUAGUUUACUAACUGAUAAUAGCGAUGACUUUAUUUAUAGCGAAUUUAUUGAUGCUUUUGGGACUCAUUACAUUCACUCUAUGAAGAUGGGUAGUAAUUUUGAGGUAUUAACUGAGUUUACUAAAUCAUCUUGGGAAGAAAUGAACUCAAGAGAGAUUGAUGUCGCUUCCUCAGCCUCUAUAAAUGCAUUUAUUAAGGCAGGUGUCGAAAUAAAAGAUAAAGAGAAGAUAGAACAAGCGAAGAAAUUUCUGUCUUAUUCAGAAGGAAGCUAUAUCCAUUCAACAGGAGCAAGCAUACCACCAAGUGGCAAGAUGGAAGAUUGA